CAAUUCCUUGUCUCUAAUUUUCACCACUUUGAAAAGUUUGUUCUUCUAAUGUCCUGGAUUCGCAAGUCAAGGCUGCUUAUACUUUAUUCUUUUUGGGUUUUUAUCAGUGUCGGCAACUUGUUUUUGACUAAAUGGAUUUUGAGCGACCGUCAAGUUCCCGAAAGUUUUCUUAUUUUUGGCCAACUUUUUGUUUCUCUUCUGUUAAGUUUAUUGAGCUCCACAUCUGAGUCGAAAGACGUUCUUUGUAACGUAAAUAUUCUGAAAGAAUUAGUUAUUUUAAGUCUGUUUUCAACACUUAUUUACCUCUUCAAAUAUGUUGGACUUUCUCGUAUUAGCUUGACGUUGGCUGUCACACUUCGUUGUGCGAGCCCAAUUUUCCAAGUUGCCACGCAGUACAUUGUUUUUGGUGACCGAUUUUCCCUGAGAGCUUUAACUUCUCUCGUUCCGAUAUUUGUGGGUUUAGUUUUGGCAUCUUUUGCCGAGUCGAAAGUAACAGUCGAGGUUGAAAACAUUGAAACAAAGAAUUCAAUACUUUUGGGUUCGUUUGCCAGCAUCUUGUCGACUCUCGUGGGAGUAUUUCACUCUCUGUUUGCAAAGUCUAUGCUUUCAAAGCAACUGUCGCCUUUGACGAUACAGACUUAUCAAUCGGGUAUCGGCUGCCUUUUAAUACUGCCUUUGAUAUUAUAUAAUUGGAAGUUCUUUAACGAAAUGAAAAGUUGGGAACUGAUAACAAUUGUAAUCUUCAAAGGUUCGCUUUCAUUUGUACAAUUACAUGUUGCCUUGAAAGUAUUGGAGAAGAUGUCGACAGUUGGCUUUUCUAUUGCUGGCAGUACUCGCAGAGUUCUUACUUGUAUAUUAUCGUUAUUGCUCAAUUACGAAAGUUCCUUAGGUUUCAUCCACUGGCUUGGGACCUUUAUCAGCUUGGCAGGCAUUUUGCUCUACGACAGUGCACAAAAGACGAAUCAUUCAUUCAAGUCGAAGAUGGACGAUCAAGUUUUAAUGACAGUGAAUUCGGAUUGUUCAUUGUAUAGUCGGGAUAUCAAUGAAAACGAAUUUUUGGAAAGAAAGUAAAUUUAACGAUACUUUAUGUUUCCUGUUAAACAUU